AUGGGCCAGUUCGACCCCCUCCUCACUUCCCACGAAUUCGCACAGAAUCCCUACCCCACCUACCACUUGUUGCGGCGCGAAGCUCCCAUAUACUGGAGCGAUCUCUGGGGCUGUUGGAUCCUCACCCGCCAUCGGGACAUUGUCAGUACCCUGCAGAAUCCCAAACGCUUCAGCAGCGUCGGCAGGCUCACCGCCGCCAUGGAACUGCCACAACCCGUUCGGGAACAGGUCCAGCCCUUGGUGCGCCACUAUUCGCAGGGCCUCAUCAAUGUGGAUCCUCCCGAUCACACCCGCCUCCGCCAACUGGUGCAUAAAGCCUUCCUGCCCGGCACUGUCAGCGCCAUGGCCGGUUACGUUGAAGGGAUUGUCGAGCGGCUGAUUGAAGAGGCGCAGCCUCGGGGCAAGAUGGACAUCAUCUGGGACUUCGCCUACCCGUUGCCGGUCACGGUCAUCGCCAAGCUCAUGGGAGUUCCCGCGGCUGACCACGGCAAGCUCAAGCGCUGGUCCGGGAAAAUUGUCGAGUUCAUGGCCACUCCCAAACCUGCGCCCGAGGUGCUGAUGUCAUCCCAGGACGCUCUGUUGGCUCUGCAGGACUACUUUCGAUCGACCUUCAGAAGGCGCCGAGUGGAGCCCAGGGACGAUCUCAUCAGUGCUUUGGUGGCUGCCGAAGAGGCGGGGGAACGACUGACAGAAGAGGAACUCAUCUCGACUUGCGUGACCUUGUUGAUUGGCGGGCACGAGACCACGACCUACCUGAUCUCCAGCGGAGUGCUGGCUCUGAUCCAACACCCGGAACAGUUGCGGAAGCUGAGAGCCAAUCCGGAUGGGGCCAGGAUGGCAGUCGAAGAGAUGUUGCGCUACGAGGGACCCUUCCAGCGCAACCGCCGCCUCGCCACCGAGGCGGUGGAGUUGGACAGCCACCUCAUUGAGAAGGGUCAACUGGUGGUACAAAUGCUGGGUGCGGCCAACCGGGACCCGGCCGUUUUCCCAAACCCGGACUCAUUCGAUAUUGAGCGGCACCCCAAUAGGCAUGUCUCCUUCGGUCACGGUCCACACUUCUGUGUCGGAGCUCCGCUGGCGCGUCUGGAAGCUCCCAUCGCCAUUAAUGCACUGCUUCGGCGCUUGCCCAACCUUGAACUGGCAACGGACGAGCUGGUCUGGAAAAAUACAGUCUUUCGCGGCCUGGAGCGGCUCCCGGUGACUUUCGGGUGA